AUGGAGAAUCAAGUUCAGCAGGAUGACGAGCUUCCUCCCAAGGAGCAGGUCAUCGACCGCCCUCCCAAGCGCAUCUCGGAACUCGAGUUUGGUUCCGUCGUCGAAGUCUCUGAUCGCAACGUCUACGACCUUGGUACUGGCCCCGGCGGCAAGCGAACCCUCACCGCACACGGUCCCCUCGAUGGCCGCCUCGGAACCUCUUCAAAGACUGGCCAGUGUGAGCAGUGUAAGGAGGACCUCAAGAACUGCAAUGGUCACUUUGGUCACGUCCGCCUCGCCCUUCCCGCCUACCACUGGGGCUACUUCAAGAAGAUUAUGGAAAUCCUCAACACCAUCUGCAAAGACUGCUCCCGAAUCCUGCUCGAUGAAAACACCCGCCGAAAGUACUUGCGCCAGAUCCGUAGACCAGAGCUGGACACUUUGCGCAAAGAGGCCAUCUGCAAGAAAAUCGUCGACGAGGCCAAAAAGACAAAGACAUGCUUCUACUGCGGCUCCAUCAACGGCACCGUCAAGAAGGUUGCAGGGCACCCCAUCAAGCUCAUCCACGUCAAGUGGCAGACUUAUCUCGCGUCCAAUGCAAAGUCAAAGGUCAAGCCUGCCUCGAUGGUUGCCUUUGAGAGAUCGUUCGAUGAGGCCAAGAAGGGUGUUCCGGAUCUCGAAAAGCACGCCAAACGCGCCGUCGACGACAUGAACCCCCUGCGAGCCCUGAACUUGUUCCAGAGAAUUUCGACAACCGACGUCGAGCUGCUAGGUAUGGAUCCGAGCAGAGGCCGCCCGGAGGCCUUCAUCUGGCAAUAUCUCCCCGCCCCUCCAGUCGCCAUUCGCCCGUCAGUCGCUCAAGAAGCCGCAAGCACAGAAGACGACAUCACAAACAAGCUCGGAGAUAUCAUCCAAAUCAACACUCUCCUCUCUGCUGGUCUCAAGUCUGGACAGCCGGUCAUGAAGAUUGUUGACAUGUGGGAGUUCCUGCAAGUACAGAUCGCCAUGUAUAUCGACGGUAAUCUCCCAGGUCUUGGUCGCGAUUCUGCAUAUGGCAAAGCUCUUCGUGGUUUCUGUCAGCGUCUCAAGGGUAAGCAAGGUCGUUUCAGAGGUAACCUUUCAGGAAAGCGUGUCGACUUUUCUGGCCGUACCGUCAUUUCUCCCGAUCCCAACCUCAGUAUCGAAGAGGUCGCCGUUCCCUCCAAAGUCGCUACCAACAUGACCUACCCCGAGCGUGUUACCAGAUACAACAUUGAGAAGCUCCGCGCUUGUGUCCUACGAGGAAAGAAGAAGCAUCCCGGUGCCAACUUUGUUAUCAAGAAGGAUGGUCAAAGAAAGGUCUUGGAAGUCGUGGAGCGCAUCGGAAAGCUGGACCUCAUAGCAAAGGAGCUGGCAAUCGGAGACGUUGUUGAGCGACACUUGGAAGAUGGCGACAUUGUUCUUUUCAACCGUCAGCCCUCACUCCACAAGCUCAGUAUUCUCAGUCACAAGGUCAAGGUCAGACCGUGGAGAACAUUCCGUCUUAACGAGUGUGUCUGCAACCCUUACAACGCCGAUUUCGACGGAGACGAGAUGAACUUGCACGUUCCGCAGACAGAAGAAGCCCGUACCGAAGCCAUCAACCUGAUGGGUGUUAAGAACAACUUGGCUACACCAAAGAACGGUACUCCCAUCAUUGCCGCCAUUCAGGAUUUCAUCACAGGAGCCUACCUUUCUUCCAUCAAGGACAACUUUUUCGAUCGCAAAACUUUCAGUCAAAUCAUCGGUUUCAUGUUCCACGACGAUGUGAUUGAGGACCCCGAGACUGGAGAGAAGCUGUCUAUUGAGCUACCCCCACCUACUGUCUGGAAGCCACAACGCCUGUGGACCGGCAAGCAAAUCUGGAACGUCUUGAUGCGACCAAACAAGAAACUAAACGUUCUGGUCAACCUGGAAGCAAAGUGCAAGCAAUACAAGGCUCCUCCUAAGGGUGUGGCGCCAGAUAUGAACGAGGACGAUGCUUACCUGGUCAUUCGCAAUUCAGAAGUCAUGUGCGGUUACAUGGACAAGGCGACAGUCGGUGACGGAAAGAAGGAUUCGGUCUUCUACGUAAUCAUGCGUGACUUUGGUCCCGACUAUGCCGUCCAUGCUAUGAACCGUCUCGCUAGGUUGUCCGCACGCUGGCUCACUGACCAAGGGUUCUCGCUCGGUAUCAGCGAUGUAUAUCCUAGUGAUGCACUGACGGCGAAGAAGAUGGAUCUCAUCCGAACAGCAGAGGCAAAAUGUUACGAGCUUAUUGACCUCUACAAUAAGGGAGAGCUUGAGCGUGACCCGGGUUGCGAUGAAGAGAUGACCAUGGAGAACCAGAUCUCUGGUAUCCUCUCAAAAGUCCGUCAAGAGGCUGGUGACGCUUGUUUCGCCGAGCUCAGUCGUCGCAACUCUCCCCUGGUCAUGGCCAAGUGUGGUUCCAAGGGUUCGAAUAUUAACGUCUCCCAGAUGGUUGCUGCUGUAGGUCAGCAGAUUAUUGGUGGUAAGCGUGUAUUGGAAGGUUUCCAAGACCGUACCCUGCCUCACUUCGCCAAGGGUAGCAGAGAUGCACCCGCCAAAGGUUUCGUCGGAAACAGUUUCUUCUCAGGCUUGAACCCUACCGAGUUCAUUUUCCACGCCAUGUCUGGUCGUGAAGGUCUGGUUGAUACCGCUGUCAAGACCGCCGAAACUGGUUACAUGUCUCGUCGUUUGAUGAAGUCGCUCGAGGAUUUGUCGGCGCAAUACGACAACACUGUCCGUAACUCAUCUUCUGGUAUCGUUCAAUUCCAAUAUGGAGACGACAAGCUUGAUCCUGUUGAUAUGGAGGGCAGUGCAAAGCCUGUACACUUCGAUCGCAGUUUCACUCACGCCGUUACUACUACAUGGGACCUCAACGACCGUGGUUUGAGACCAUCCGAGAUUAUGCAAAUUACGACCGACACCCUUGACCCCGAGAGAGCGAAGCUUGAGCGUAUCUCUCUGACUGGCGAGAAGCUUGGCUACAACGACAGAAGUGAUCACGGUAUUGACCAGCUGGAGAGUGCUCGCGACUUCCUCGACACUGUCCAAAAUUACAUCCAGAUCAAGUGCGAUAAGCUGGCUGCUAUUCGUACAAAGAUCGGCAUGGAGUCUGGCGUCGUAGAUUCUGGCGACAUUGAUGCUGCCGUGGCAGACGAUUGUGAAGAUAGGACCAUCGCUGAUGGUGUGCUCAAGAUCUCGACUGCUGCUAUCAAAGAGUUCCUCAUGCUUUGCUUGACCAAGUAUGAGCGCUCCAAGGUGCAACCCGGUCACGCUGUCGGUGCCACUGGUGCCCAGUCUAUCGGUGAGCCUGGUACACAGAUGACUCUUAAGACUUUCCAUUUUGCUGGUGUCGCCGGUAUGAGUAUUACUCAGGGUGUACCCCGUAUCAAGGANGUCAUCUCGUGCACGCUUGAUUCAAAAUACGAAACAGUUGCUGGCCGUGUGGCAAAGGCCAUGAUCGAAAAGACCUACCUCCGCGACAUCAUCGCGUACAUCGANGACGUUUGGUCGGUCACCAGCUCCUACGUCAACAUGCGUAUCAACUGGGACACGGUAAUGAAGCUUGGUCUCCGCCUCACAACCCAAGACAUCACAUUCGCCAUUGCCAAAAGCAAGGCCGUCAAGGCACUCGGCGUACAAGUCGCACCAGUCGGUAAAACACACAUCCGUGUCAAUGUCCAAUACGUUCCCGAACCUCGUGGCAAAGCAGCACUUAACAAGACCCGCAAACCCCUCGAGAUCUUCGACAUCAUCCAAGACUUGAAGCGUAUCCUCCCCAACGUGGUCGUCAAAGGCUAUCCAGACUGCGCCCGUGCCAUUGUCAAGAAGGACGAUAAGCCUGAUGCCACUGGCCGCGAACCCGUUUCCGUGCUGGUCGAAGGUUAUGGCCUGAAAGCUUGCAUGACGACCGAAGGCGUGGACGGCAUCAGAACACGCUCCAACAACGUCAUGGAGGCCAAAGACGUCCUCGGUAUCGAAGCCGCCCGCAGCACCAUCAUUGCGGAAAUCAGUAGUGUUAUGGGAGGCAUGGAUAUCGAUCCCCGUCACAUGCAAUUGCUUGCAGACGUCAUGACCUACAAGGGUGAUGUCCUAGGUAUCACGCGUUUCGGUCUCGCGAAGAUGCGCGAUUCUGUACUACAGCUUGCGUCUUUCGAGAAGACUCCCGAUCAUUUGUUCAAUGCUGCAAUUGGCAUGAAGAGAGAUCGCAUAGAGGGUGUCUCGGAAUGCAUUAUUUUGGGACAAGUUAUGUCUCUCGGAACUGGCUCUUUCAAGGUAGUCCGUAAGCUCGGCAUCACGGAAGCUGAGCAUGGAAGAAAGAAAUCGGCUUUCGAAUCUGCGUUUGCUGGCCUGCCAAAGACGAUCGCUGCUGCUGCUUAA